AUGGCUCUAAAUUUUCGACGUAUUUGUGAUUUGUUUGAGCGGCUGUCGCCCUCACAGAAGCCAGACGACCGUGACCGAGUCAUUCAGUCAUGGUUUCAGCAGCACAAUCCGACCAUUGUGCGACAAGGAUUGGGUGCUCUGGCUCUGUUGUCAUGCUUUUUUCCCGAGAAGAGGCCCGAUCGAGUCUAUGGCCUUCGUGAAGUAAAGCUGGAAGGCAUCGUCGUGAAGGCCGCCGGUUUAGGUCAUACACGCAUCUCUGAACUACGACGCCUCCAAGAGAAUCAGCGGAUGGACUUUGCUUCUGCGGUUGAACGAGUCCUUGCAGCGACCGACGAUGUCCACGAACAUACCCACUCGUUAUCUGUCAUGGAUGUGGACCAGACGUUGGACCGACUGGCAGCCACAUGCCCGUUCUCUUCUCCUAAGCAUCGAGCAAUGAUGGGAGAGGUCCCCCAAGAUCCGAUUGAUGAGCUUAUGAGCAUCUUCAGACGACUACACAGCAUGGAAGCGAAAUGGCUCAUCCGUCUGAUAUUGAAAGAUUUGCAGCCAGCGGAGAUGCCACCCGUGGUGAUUCUCCAGCAGUUUCAUUUCUUAAUGCCUGACCUCUUCAGAACCCGCACCAACCUUAUCGAUGCGCUCGAGCUCCUCGACUGCGAUAUCAUCCGGCGGAUGCCGCUCUGCCCCACUCCAGACGUGGCAAAACAGCUCAGAGAGGAGGUAUUACUUCAGAUGCAGCCUCGGGCAGGCACGAUGAUUGCUCUGCAACCUUUUCAAAAAGCUCGCAGCCUCAAACACUGCCGUCGACUAGCCGGAAACAAAGAGAUCAGUGUUGAGCGAAAGUAUGACGGUGAAUACUGUCAGAUCCAUGUGUCGAUGGCCAACGGCGCCUCUCGUAUUACCAUAUUCUCCAAGAGUGGACGGGAUUCGACCAUGGAUCGAGAGGGGCUCCAUGACACAAUUCGGCAGUGUUUAGCCAUUGGUACUACAGGCUGCAAAUUUAGGCGACAAUGCGUCCUCAGUGGAAAAUUAUUGAUCUGGAACGACCGCACGCGUCGUAUUAUGCCGUUCUACAAGAUCCGUCGCUAUGUCUCCCGGGAAGGGCGCCAACUGGGAUGUAGUCGGGAUUCGCCUCCUUGCGAGGAUGAACAUCUGAUGAUCAUGUUUUACGACCUUCUUAUUCUCGACGACAAUAUGUGUGUUCAUGAGCCGCACAAUGUCCGACGUCGCAGGCUUUGGGCCACGGUCUAUCGGAUCCCCGGUCGAGCUGACAUCGGUCACAGAGUGAAAAUAGAUCUGAGACUCGUCGACGGAGCCACUCGUCUCGGGGAAGAAAUGACGUCGGCCAUAGCUCGGGGCUGGGAAGGCUUGGUAGUUAAAGAUUGCGAAGCUCCAUACCUCUCAAUUCACGGGGAUGUGCAGCUAAUCAAGCUGAAGAAAGAUUACAUUCCGGGUUUAGGCGACUCAGCCGAUUUGGUAGUCGUGGGCGGCCGUUACGACACCAAAGAAAUAUGGGCGCAGAGCGAAAAAGGUAUCCGGUGGACAACAUUCUACUUGGCCUGCUUGAGCAACAAGGAGGCAGUGUUGCGUUUAGAGGCUAAACCCGUCUUUCAGAUGGUAGCCAGUGUUACACGACCUUGCCUGUCGAUGGCAGAUGUUCGGCACCUGAAUUGCUACGGUGCAUCCCACCAAGUUCCUUUCGCGGAAUACAUCAGCCAGAUGGAGGUUGAAAUUGGAUCCAUGGCCCCCAGUCGACCAACUGAGCUGUUCAUAGAACCAGCGGUCGUCGAAGUCGUAGGGGCUGGAUUUGAUCGUCCGGCGAAUCAACGGUUCUUGACAUUACGCUUCCCUCGAAUCGUCAAGAUUCAUCGGGAUCGGACAUUCGAAGACUCGCUCGAUUUUAUCGAGUAUCAGCGAUUAGCUCAAGAAAGUAUGGCUUGGCUGGCGGAAGAGGACGUUGGUGGACAACGACAGACAUCUUAUGCAUCCUCAUCGUUCCAAGGCGUAGAGUCUGUACGUUCAACUUCAACCCCAAUCAUAGACUCUGGAACAGGAAGAGGUGGCGAUGAUGAAAAUGAGACCAAUGAGGACGAGAAUCCGGAUGAAGUAUCUCUUUCGGUAACUGGGCGUCGAGGUCAAAUGACAAAGCGGCCUGGAUCAGCGGAGCACUUCCCCAAUUUGGCUGCAUCUUGCAAGAAGAUAAGAAUUUUAUCGACAUCAAAGAGUGAAAAGGCACGACACGAGCGCGAGACAACCCCAAUGACCGUUCAACAGACCACGAGCCAGAUACUAGAUACUAAUGUUGGGGCAAUAUGCAAUCCUCCUCCUGCUCUCGCCGCUCACGAUGCGUCAUUGGACGCGAGGGCGAUGGCCAGUCCAGAACAGGAGUCUUCCAUCCAUGUGGGCUUCCGAUUGUCUCUCAGAAAUAUUGCAACACCAAUCCUUCUUGAUGAGUCGUUGAGUGGAAUAUGGUCGGAAUCUGGCCAGGAAUUGUUAGGGUUAUGCGUGAAGUGUCCUUUGCCGCUCACCUACAACAAACAUAUCGUUCUGGACCACCUUAUCGGCCAACAAAUGAUGUCGGCUGGCGGUGAAGAUCACAUGAUGGCUACUCAUGUGGUCCUUGUACACUGGCCUUCAGUGGAGAUGGUGCUGGCUGGGAUCAACCCUUGGCUGCGUCGUCUGGAACACAACGAGCAGCUUUUCCUUCCCCCAACAUGCUGGAAUAUCAUCUUUCUAGAAUGGAAAGCUCUUGGAGGUCUGAAAGAAGAUCCAGCUGAGUCAUCUCAUAUUCUUAUGGAUUUCAUUCAAGGCUAUAUCGAGUGCAGGGGUGGCCGUCUAGAUUUUUUUGGUCGGGCUCUUGGUGCGCCGAGAUGUUCUAAUGUAUGA